GACGAUUACCCAAACCGGCUGCCGCUCUACGUUCCUCCUGUUGCCCUGGUGUUUGAAGACUCUGAAAAAUUCGGCAUCUCAGACUUGGACGCAUGGGGUGAAUGGAGGACCACAGAUUCAUUCCCUAAAGCCAACGGGUUCGUCAGAUUGGGACCCAACGGACGUCCUUUCGGAUUAAGCAUGUUCCACCAAAUGCAUUGCCUUCAGAUGAUUCGCGGAGCUAUUCUUGCCGGGGGCGCAGAUUACGAUUAUGUGCAUACUAAACACUGUUUCAACCUCAUUCGACAGGCGAUCUUAUGCGCCUCAGAUACUACCCUUGACCCUCUGGAUGUCACGCUCGAUGGUAAGCUGGCGGGUGCUGACGGACUGGGACAAACGCAUGUCUGUCGAAAUUGGGAGAAGGUGUACGAGUUUGUGUAUAAGAAUCAGUUGAGUGAGGCGUGGAAUAUGAGCUCAAGCUCGGAGACAUAA